AUGGCGGCCACUACGGAGACCGUCACGACGACACUUUUGUCGACCGUGGUGUCGACUGUGUCUUCGGCUACUUCGACCUCGUCACCUACAUCCACUCUCCGUGCGUCACCACAGGCCGGCGUCCUCGACGGCGCAAAUCCCAUCGUCUACAAUGCUGCCAAUCCCAUCAUCUUGUUUAUCGUCCAGGCGACCAUUAUCGUCGUCUUCUGCCGCCUGCUGGCCUACCCUCUGCGCCUCAUCGGCCAGCCGCGCGUCAUCGCAGAGGUCAUCGGAGGCAUCCUGCUUGGUCCCUCCGUCCUGAGCCGCAUCCCCGGCUUCCAGAGCAACAUUUUCCCCACCAUCAGCAUGCCCGUCCUCAACAAUGUCGCAAACCUUGGUCUCAUCCUGUUCCUCUUUUUGACCGGUCUUGAGGUCGAUGUUCGUCUGUUCAAGCGCAAUUGGCGCGUUGCCGUCAGUGUCUCCAUCGCUAGCAUGGCCCUACCUUUCGGCCUGGGCUACGCUAUUGCCUACGGCAUGUACCACCAGUUCGCCAACGAGCCCGGUACCUUGCCCAUCAGCUUUGGUGUCUUCGGCCUCUUUGUCGGCACCGCGCUCGCCAUUACCGCCUUUCCGGUUCUCUGCCGCAUUCUCACCGAGCUGAACCUGCUGGGCAACAUUGUCGGUGUCACAACCCUGGCGGCCGGUGUCGGGAAUGACGUCGUUGGCUGGAUCCUGCUAGCACUGUGUGUCGCCCUAGUCAACAACAGCAGCGGUCUGACAGCCCUGUGGGCUCUGCUCGUUGUGUUCGGCUGGAUCUUGUGUCUCGUCUUUGCCAUUCGCCCCGCUUUCGUCUGGCUGCUCCGCCGCAACGGCAGCUUGCAGAACGGCCCGUCCGAGUCCAUGGUCUGUGUUACCAUCCUGCUUGUGCUCGGCUCUGCCUGGUUUACCGGCAUUAUUGGUGUCCAUCCCAUCUUUGGUGGCUUCCUCGUCGGCAUUAUAUGCCCCCACGAUGGCGGCUUUGCCAUCAAACUGACCGAGAAGCUCGAGGACUUCAUCUCGGCAUUUUUCCUCCCGCUCUACUUUGCCCUCUCCGGUCUCAGCACCAACCUCGGCCUUCUGAACGACGGUAUCACCUGGGCCUAUGUCGUCGGCGUCGUUGCCGUCGCCUUCUUCGGCAAGAUCAUCGGUGGUACUCUCUCGGCCCGCCUCACCAAUAUGUUCUGGCGCGAGAGUCUCAGUAUCGGUGUCCUCAUGAGUUGCAAGGGUCUCGUUGAGCUGAUUGUCCUGCGGACGUUCACCAUCUUCGUUGUCAUGGCCGUCAUCACAACUGUUGCGACAACACCCUUGACGAAGCUCCUGUACCCGCUGUGGUACCAGCAGAAGGUCGAGAAGUUCCGACGUGGCGAGAUUGACUGGGACGGCAACCCGAUUGGAUCAGAGAGUUCCAGCCAGGACGCGUCCGUCGACAAGCUCAACGAGACUCAGGUCCGCCGCCUUCUUGUCUACCUCCGCCUCGACAGCCUUCCCAGCCUGUUCACCUUCAUUUCCCUCUUGGGAGACUCCAAUAUGCCUUCCAACGAUGCCAUUGUUGCCAAAAAGGACGAAGAGCCGCAGCCGCAGCCGCAGCCACAGGUCGAGUCUCCCCCGCGUCGUCAUCUCCAGGUGCACGGCAUUCGCAUUCUCGAGCUCACCGACCGUACAUCGUCCGUCAUGAAGGUGUCUGAGGUGGACGAGCUUGCCCGGCGCGAUCCCGUCGUCAAUACCUUCCGCACGUUCUCACAACUCCACGAUGUGGCCGUCUCUGGACAGGUGGCUGUUGUUCCGGCUGCUUCGUUCCCCGAGACACUGGCCACCGAGGCUACCGAGACAUCCUCCGACUUCGUUCUGAUUCCGUGGGGUGACAAGGUCAUCGACGACCCGUCUACUGUAGUCACCGCGACGUCCAGUGCCGACCGCUUCAACGACCGCUCCCACCUGGACUUUGUUCAUGCCACGCUGGAAAAGGCGGUCUGCAACACGGGUGUUUUCAUUGACAACGGAUUCGGUGGCGCCGCUUCCUCAUCCGCGCACACUGGCGACCGGCCCCUGCUCUCACGUACAAUCUCGGUUAUGUCCCUGCACAGCCAGCGGAACUCUGCCGUCCUCCCGGUCGCCAACAAGAGCCACUGUGUCUUCCUUCCCUUCUUUGGGGGCGCCGACGACCGUGUCGCUCUGCGCUUUGUCCUCCAGCUGGCCAAGAACAAAAACAUCACGGCCACCAUUGCCCAUGUCACAUGGAAUAGCAGCGACGCCGCCACUGCCGAUAUCAGCGUCCCUGGGCAAGCCCACGGCGGCUACUACGCCGAAGACCCCACCCAGGCCGCGAUCAGGAGCAAGGAAGCCGCCCUUGAGGACGAGCCAUCGGCACAGGACCUGGGCCUGUUGGCCACCCUGCAGUCAUCGCUGCCUGCCGACCUGGCUGAGCGUGUCUCGUUUGUCGACAUUCACGCACACGGCAAGAGCAGCAGUGUGCUGGACAAUGUCGUGGAGCAUGCGUCUAAGACUGUGGGCCAGGCGCCCAGGAACGCAGGCGACCUGAUCGUCGUCGGUCGCCGGCACAGCCGCUUACACGACAGCCGCGCGAACCGCUCGGUUGGCGAGUCAUCGUCGUCGUCCUCGGGCUACGAACUGUCCAAGACGGUUGGUGUAGCAGGUGCGCACGUGAUCAAUGCCAAGCCCAAGGCGAGCGUUCUUGUCGUGCAGGCGGCAAACCGCGACGCCAAAGCAUAG